ACGGGUUGAAUAAAGGCUCAAAACGGAACCCGGUCUUUGAACAACCCUAGCCGUGACCAAAGCCUCAUUCUACCUAGACGGGGCAGCGUGCCAGCCCAAUUCACUUUCAUCCGUGCCUCGGUCCCAAUGGCAUGCUUUGAAAUCAGGAAUAUGGAUGCUAAGCGUUAACCUAAUGAAUGAACUUUUGCUAAUAAAUACGAUGAUUUUGUGAUGAGAUUGAAAAAAUUUCCCAAACACAUUUGGUUUAGGGAUAAUUCACGAAAGCCGUCAAUGGCUUCCUCCGAUUCUCAUCGCUGCAGCGAAGAAGAGGAGGAAGAGUACGAAGAGGUUGAAGAAGAGGAAGAGUACGAAGAAGUAGAGGAAGAAGUCGAAGAAGAAGUUGAAGAAGAGGAAGAAGAUCCGGAAGAGGUUGAAGAAGAUCCGGAGGAGAUUGAAGAAGAUCCGGAUGAGGUUGAAGAAGAAGAUCCGGAGGAGGUUCUUGAGGAGGAAGUAGAAGAAGAGGUUGAAGACGAAUAUGAAGACGUUGAAGAAUAUGAAGAAAUUGAGGAAGAAAUAGAAGUAGAAUUAACUGAUGAAGAUACUAUGGUGGAGGCUGAGGUUGACGGCGAUGGAAAUGGAGUCGCAAAAUCAAGUGACCCUGGUAUCAGUGUCACAUAUCCCGGCGAUUGUAAAGUAGUCGAAAAUUUGAGUGAUGCUGCUAUCACUGUCGCGAAAUCCUGUGAUGCAAAUGUAGUUGAGAAAUCGAGUGAUUCUGGUAUCGCUGUCACGAAGUCCUGCAUUGAUAGAGGAGCAGCGGAGGGGGAUGGUAAAGUAGUCGAGAAUUUGAGUGAUGCUGCUAUCACUGUUACGAAAUCCGGUGAUGCAAAUGUAGUCGAGAAAUUGAGUGAUUCUGGUAUCGCUGCCACGAAGUUCAGCAUUGAUAAAGGAGCAGCGGAGGGGGAUGGUGCCGGCGUUGACGGUGCCAAAUCUGAUUUUGCAGUCCCUCUUGUUAUCGACAAUGCCGAUGGUAGCAAUGAUGUAGAAUCAAAGGGCAUAUCAAGAUAUAUAAGUGUUAUGCAGUCUAAGGGAAGUAUUCUUCAUGAUAUCAAUGCUGACGGUGGAGGCUCAUCCCCUGAAGUGCAGAAUGGAAACGGAAAAGAGAUCAGUUCAGUAGAUGAUAGAAGUUCUAAAUCUCCAAAAAUCUUUAAACAUAUUUCUGGCCCUUCUAAUGAUAAAUUUGAUGCAGUGAAAGAUGAACAUGACCAUGUAGAACAAGUGACUGUGAUUUCCUCAGUUAAACAUGGUUCUACUCCCAAUACUGUGAGUGGUCAAUUUGUUAAGACUGCUGAUGUUGAGCAGGCUAAGCUCCUGUCAGUUGAGACUGACCUUCAUUCUCCCUCAAGACAAGAUAUGGAUCUAAGGGAAUCAAGAUCUUGGUUUCCCCAAGUGAAACGAAGGAGCUUGUCACCUGGGGCUGAAGGCGAGGGUGGAAAUAAACGACCUGCAAUUCGUUGCGAGUAUUUUGUUAAAGGUUGGUGUAUUAAAGGAAGUUCAUGUAGAUUUCUUCAUAAGACAGAUCAUGGAAAUCUAGUAGAGGAAGGUAUACUGCCAGAAAAAAGUGAGUUUCGGUCGGAUAGAGGUUCUGGAGAUGAUGCUGUGGAGUCAGAGUUACUUAUUGACAACCAACCAGGUCCCCUGAUGCAAAAUGUUAAUGAUUGUAAGGCUGAUCCAACAGCAGGAAAGGGCAUUCAAAAGGAACGUGAAGAAGACAUAAAGUCUCGCCAAUAUGAACAAAUGGACAAGGUUCUGUUUGCAGAUAGAACAAUAUCAUCUUCUCGUGUUUCUAUUGAUUCCCACAAGUCAUCUUCUGGAAAAGAUGGUUUCAGAUCCGCUGCAACACUUAGAGGGAUAGAAGCGAAUAUAUUCAACAAAAAUCACACAUUUGAUGAUCAUGGCUUGUCAGCUGCUGAAAGUUCUAUGCUGCACCAUAAUGUUUUCCCUAGGUACGGAUCUUCGUCGAGGGAAUAUGGUGUUUCAUAUGAUACCAAUUCUAUCUCGAGGCUAGUAGAGGAAUCAGCUGCUAUGCGUAGGCGCUAUUCGCUGGAUGUUCAGAGUUCUGUGCCAUCCUACUAUACGUCGAGCUGGAAAAGUACUUUACUGCAGAACUCCCCCUUUUUCUCGAAAUCAGAUUCAGAAAAGUAUAAGACGACAUUUACUCCUUAUAACUGGGAGCCAUCUGUCCCUUUCCGAUCUUCCUUUUUUAUUCCUCCAGUAAAUGGAUCAGAUGUUCAAUAUGAUCCGUUUCGUGACAUUGAACAACCUGAACGUGCAUCCUUGAAGCAUUCUUCUUAUGGUCAGACUCAAGAUAUACAAAGCGUCUCUGGGCAAAACCUUCUUGAGUGUGAUAUAAGAUCACAAAUUAGUGCUUUUGAUAAGAGCUACAGUGGCCAUGACAAAGCUGUCCCUGCAGUUGAGGCAGAGUCUGCUGCAAAUUCUGCUAGUGAAGCUCAAAAUAAAAGCAUGACUGAAGAGGAGAACCCUAUGGUUCCUGGAAGUAUCAAAGCUCUACUCAAAGCAAGUAGAAGUAACAAUGAAGGAAAAUCUAAAGGACAAAGGGACUUAAAGGUAGAUAAUGGACGGCUAGGCAAUGAAUUAGACGAUGAAGAAUCUAAAGCAAUCAGGUGUUUUCGUGCUGCUCUCAUUGAAUAUGUGAAAGAGUUGAUGAGACCAAUAUGGCAUGAAGGCCUCUUGUCUAAGGAUGUAUAUAAAGUAAUAGUUCAAAAGGCUGAGGAUAAAAUACUGAGCACUUUACAACCGACGGAAGUGCCAAAUUCGACAGAUUCUAUUAAACAAUAUCUGUCCUCAUCCCGUUCUAAAAUUUGGAAACUCAUUCAGGCUUACGUUGACAAAUAUGGCAGAUAUUAGAAGCUAAGGAUGGGUCCUGGUUACUGUACAGUUUUCUUAAUUGCUGAGUUAUGUAUGAGACUCUUAUGGAGUAAUCUUAAACUAGUACAUAACUUUCUGAAUCUGGUGUAAAUUUUUUUUAGGGUAUUUUCUAGGAUUGAACUUGUUCACGCUUCAGAAUUCAAUGCCUCUAUUACAGGUUGAAGAGCCUUAAUUAUUUAGCCAAAACUAAGUUAAGUUUCAUGAAGGCUUGGUUUUUAUACGUGGAAAGUGAACUGGGGAUGAAGGGUGUAUUUAUAGAGAUUUGUUGAUGUCUUUUACAACAACAUUCCAUAACUCCAAUUCUAUUAAGUGGCUCCCACCUAGGGUGGGGUUGGGGGGUCAAUUUACACGACCUAUUCUUGUUGUAUCCGUUGCAGUGAUAACAAAGAGGUGGUUCAAUUGACGCUUAUAAGAAGUGCACAUGAUUUAAUGUUGUCUUUCAAAUUUAUUUUAAGUGCUAUGCGCAUUGUUUCAUCCGGAACAAUGCUUUCUUGAAAAUUGGAUCAUUUAGAACCCCAUCUUACCGUAAAGCGUAAAGCGUAAAGCCUGGACUACAAGCAGAGUACAAUUGGGAUUGUACACACACUUUGAUUGUGCUCAUGUGUGAAGAUGAUGUAUGUGCUCAACAAUGUGAACACAUGAGCUCAAGGAUUGAGUUGAAUGAUGGGAAAGAAAACAUCUAUGAAUGAGGGCACACAUUCAUAGUUUCCAUGAAGUAGAAUUUUAACGACACUCAAUUAGGUCAAAUAAGGUAGUACUAUUAACAAUUAAGGAUAAUUAUUAGAUAACUAUGUUGAAUUGUAGUCAUAAGUUUCGGAGAGCUUACUAAAUAUGUAUUCUUACAUGUUCUCGAGACAAUUGAUAAAAUUUUUUGUUUCUUCUUUGGUUUUGGCAUGUUUGUAAUGUAUUAGACGUAAUCUGUGAGGUCAUGACCUUUUAUAUCUAUUUUUGUUAUGAUCGCUUUUUAUAUUUUGUUGUCUUUAGGGUAAGAACUGUUAUUGUAUUACCGAAGAUACUUGUGACGUCAUUGAUGUGUUAUAUUUUUUAUUUACAGUCCAGCUUCACCUUUCAUACUUAAAUUUUUCAGACUUCUUUGUCACGCAGUUCAGUGGUAAUCGAUACCUUUGCAGAUUCUUUUAAAAAGGAAGUACUUCAGUGAGCAGCACCCGCUUAUUCGUAUGAAGCGACUGUGUAGCUGGUGUCCUUGUUCUCUCUUUGUCCAUGCGUAAUUAUCUGCUUAUCUUAAACUAAUUUGGACUUUGCUUGAUUACUUAUGUUUUUGUUGCGGUGUUUACUUGCCACGACUGUUGCUCGAUUGGCUGCCUCUUUACAGAUGUCUGCUCUGGAAGAUUUCCUUUGGGUUUAAAAGGAGAUGCCAUUUUGAACCCUCAAAUAUGCUCUAUGAUAUUUUGGAAAAUAUAUUCUAAUUUUCCUGAUCUAAUUGGUGUUAUUCAUUUACCAUUGCAGUAUUGGCUGUAUCAUGCUGAGAAGUGAGAACAAUAACUUUUUGUAAAGUUGACUACUCUUUGCUCAGUAAGUGUUGUUUGAGAUUAACUGCUAUCGCAUGGUUAAGGUUACCCGUGCACUUCUCUUGAACCUUUGGCUGCUUUUUUCGAUGCCGUCUCUACAUUGAGGGAUACUGGGGAUCAUAAAAGGAUACAGAUCCACAACAGAAACAUAGCUUCUAUUUAUGUAAUUCCACAAUGUAGCAGUACUUUUUUGGCUCUCAAAGCUCGUUUAGUGUUCUCUGUAAUCCUUGCAACAGUUGAGCAAUUUCUAUUAAUUUUUUUGUCCCUAGAAUUCUUAGAAAUUCUCCCCUUCAACAAUGGUUUCUUUCCUUUAUGCCCUCUCGGAAUUUCUUGGAGGCAAUCCGUACUAUUUUCUUUCCCCUAUUGACCUUUUAUAGCACCGUACAAAGCAUUAUAUACCUCUCGAAAAACCCUAGGGACGCUAAUGUGAAACCACAUUAAAUUACAAAAGCACAGUAGCAAGUCCAUCGAGUGCUUGCCAUCCCUGCUGCUAAGAGCGCUGCCCAUACUGAGGCUGGGUCCUCACCUCGCUGAGGACUUGGUGACCCCUCUGCUAAUGUCCACUUUGCUUGUGGAUUUGGCUUUUGCACUAGAAUGCCUCCGUCAAGUCCAAAGCCCUCCCCCUUACUACUCAUCAACCUUUGUAGUUCAUGGUGGUGAUCUCUACAAGCUCUGUGAACUUCAUGCUCGUAGGUGACCUCUACCUCCACUGCUCCAAUUUAUAUUCUGAUCAUUGCCUUGCUGACUUUGUUCUACAUUGAUACACAUACUCAUUGUUACUCCAAAGCUUGUUGUUUCUACAAGGGCAAGGCUGUGUACAUUUUACCCUUUCAGACUCACCUACGUAGCUGGAGACAUUCAAUGACAUCGGUGUAAUGGAAAUGUUGUAUCAUGCAUGAGGAAUACUUUGGGCUUUGGCUGAAAAUAUGGCAAGCCAGUUUUACUUUAUUUUAUUUUGUGUUUGCUUGGAAACUUUGGAAAGACAUUGAAUUAUUCUUGAUGAAAUAUGGUUAUGAUAGAGGUUUGGAAUUAAAUUUCUUUGUUAUGAUUUUGCAGGAACACUGCACUAUAUUGGUAAUAGAAAUCUUGUGGUAAAAGCAGCUUAACAAUUCUGAGUACAAUCUCGCAAGUCAGACUCCUACGCCUGAGGAUGGCGGUUUUUUUUUUUUUUUUUUUCAGGGCAGAGGAGCUUCCAUCACUUUCCAUAUGCAGAUUCAUAAAUUGUACUGAUCUGGGACAGCAUAUAUUGAAAAUCAAUUACCAGGACUAUUACAGAAAAAGGUAAGAUUUUCUAAUCUGAUCUAUUUUUUAUAAAAUUUUCCACUAUUAUACAUGCUGAACAUGCAAUGAUGGGUUGAUUAAGGUAUAGGGUGUAUCAUAACCUCACAUUCAUUUUGCUAUACAUUUAGAAUUGGCAGUGAGAUCAUAAUGUCUUUCUUUAUCUUGUCCAUACACUUUUUUCCAUCUCAACCGCACUUUUUUUAUUAUAGCAAUUCUAGCAGGAUAUAUGGGAUUGUGGCUUGGGUAGUUGAGUUGAUCCGUUGAUCAUGGUGGUGGCAGAAAACCUAUGUAUUAGACCAAUAUAGGAUGGGCCGUAUUAAUGAGCAAAUGAAAAACAUGUACUAAAUUUUCCUUGAUCAUUAUGUUUGUAAAUGUGCAAAUUCAAAGACACGGAUUUGCAAAAGUGAUUUGGAUAAGAGAGGUGUCUAGUAAAGACAAAGUCAGAAGUCCUAUGUAUACCAACAUAAAUUAGCAAUUAUUUUAUAAUAGCUUAGGUGGAAAAAAUAGGCCGAGACAAAGACGUACCACCAAACGAUAGAGUUGCUUGUUUUAUAAUCAUAAGAAUAUAUAGCCACUCAAAUAUCUUAUCUCUUCAUGUCUUCAUCAUUGAAUUUCUUUACAUAGGUUAAGAUUAAUUAUUUUAGAUGCUCUAAAGUUUCGAUACUAAUGUAGUUAUUGGUUGCUUUAAGUUUUACUAAGAGUCUGUUUAAUUGUUGGUAUUAAGAGAUAGUAAUAAGAAUAUUUUGUAAUAUAAAUUUUCGUGAAACAUACCAAAUUAUUUUCAUGGUGUUAAAAAAUUGAUCAUAAUUUAUUUUAUUUACAAUUUUUCAUUAUUACAUAAUAAUACCUCUUAAAUCAUAAAAAAGAAACACCUAUAGUUGAUGGUUAUUAAUUAUUUUUCAAUCAUAAUACUACCUCUUCAAUCAUAAUUUUUCAUUUUUCACUAAUUAUUUUCGUUAAUGGUUAUUAAGGGUUUUGAAGGAUUUUUCAUCACAAAUUGAAAAGUAUGCAUGAUAUUUAUAAAAAAGCUUACAUUUAUUCAAUCAUUUAGAAUUAGCAAAACUAUAUUUAAGAUAAGGGGAUUUUUUCUCGCAUUUUAUAUUGUCAUAUGCACUUUUAAUUAUCUUUCAAGAUUGGCUUAAUUUUAUUACUAAUUAUUAUUUUCCUUCACGUGGGACUUUAUUUGAUUCGUUUUUAGGUAAAUUUUAUUAAUAAUUAACUUUUUAUAAUUAUUAAUUAAUCAAAUAAAAUUAGGGAUCUUUAAAAUUGAAAUAAUACAUCGCUAAGAGUGCAACACUAUAUGAAACAUUUAAUUAGAAUAAAAGAGUAGUAAAUAAAGAGAUAUUGCAAUAGUAUAACUACUAGGAGUAAUAAAGAUCAAUAUAGUGUUAAUUUGUAAUAUUAUAACCAUAAUAAACAUCAAUUCGAAACGGAAGAGUAUUCAAUUCGCAACAAAUUAUAUACUAAUUUUUUAUUGAAACUGUUUUAUUAUGAGACGGUCUCAAUUGGAUCAGCCCAAACUUAAAAAAAAAACUGCUACUUUAUACAAGUCACAUUCCAUUGUUUUUCUUUAUGUUUUUCCAAAAUAAGCUGCUUGUAUGAACUUGUUUCACGGUGUCGUAAAUUAUAAAGUUAUUUGAAACAAUUAGAUAGAAGCUAGGUAAAAGCUUGUUCGUGAUCAAUUUUGUUGAAUUUAAAAAAGGAUCAUUUGAAAAUAACAUUUAUUUUGCAUUCAUCAACUUGCACUUUGGGCAUUCGCAAGAGCCCACAAAAAGUGAGCCGGAACCUAAAGAAAUUUGUAGGCCAUCUUCCAUAUGGUUUCACAAAUUGUUGAAAGAUAAUGUUUAUUCCGUUCAUAGAAAACUAUUAUUAGGGUUUGAGGAGGGAAGAAAGGCGGCAGCUCAUACCCAUAGAGAAGAGUGUGGUCAAAGAGUCCCUCGGCUCGAGAAAAGUCUUUAAAGAGAGAAAAACCUGCAACUUACAAAUAGAAUAAAUAGAAUACGUACAAAUAACUAAAAAUAAAGAUAAAAGUAAAGAAGAAGUUAAAGCACAAUAAUUAAAGGUAAUGAAUAAUAACAAACGAUAGGUAAAAGGGACGGGUUUAGUAAUCUAAGACGUGGAUAAGACGCCGCCAAUUUGGUCAGGUCCUUGGAGAUAUGAACUUUAUGCAUGUCACUUUUAAUUUUUUCCUCCCACGUUCUCCAAGGUCUUUCUCGACUUCUCUUGUUGUCCACUAUAAUGCAUUCGAUCCUUCUUACUGGGACGUCAUGUGUUUUUCUCUACAAAUGCCCAAACUAUCUCAACCUGUUCUCCCGCAUCUUUGCGGAGAGAGAUAAAACCUCUAACUUCUCCCUGAACUCCUGGUUUCUUAUCUUAUCCAUCAUAGUAAUACCACGCAUUCACCUCAGCAUACGCAUUUCUGUUACUUCCAUCUUCUGUUCGAAAACUUUAUUUACGGCGAACAUUCUUUCCCAUACAACAACGCCGGCCUAAUUGCAACGCGGUAAAAUAAACACCUACUUAAUAUACUAUAAGAUAAUGUCUCUUAGAGAGAUUAUCUUUCUGAGCUUCAGUCUAAUAUCUUAAUAAAGAAAUAAAAAAUAAACACCUACUCAAUAUACUAUAAAUAUUGAUAUUUGCAUACUUUCAUAUGAUGUGUAUUUUUAAAAAUAUUUGUUCACUUUUAAGUACUUUUUACCAAAUCAUCAUCAUCCUACUCAGUGUAAGGAGUCCCCCAACUCGAGAAAGAUAAAAAAACGUAGCUACAUGAGAAAGAUAAAUUAAAUGCAUAUAAAUAAAAUAAAUAAGAAGAACCAACUACAAAAUAAAAGAAAACAAAAGAAUAAUAAUAAAAGAAACAAGAGAAGCAAGAUGUUAAGAACACCAAAAGGUAAUCUAAGAGGACAUCAAUAGUCUAAAACAUGGAUAUUACGCCUCCAACUACCUCUAUUCCUAGUCAGGCCCUCAGAGAGGUUUAACUCAUGUAAGUCAACUUUCUAAUUGUUCGGAUGGCUUAUCCCACAUUGACAAAUUAAAGAUGGCGUGCACACUUUAUAAGCUAUUGAAGACUUUUUUCCAAUUGCCAUAUAGUUUUAGGAUGAUAUAUAUCUCCUUGGUUUAUAAAAUGUAUGCACCUCGUGUUUUCCUCGAUAAUAUGCUGGCAUUCACAAUGAGUCCAACUUAAUUUAACAUGGUAUCCGAGCCGAUUCUUCGAUAAAAAUGUAAAAUAAUAGAUCCGAAAAGAAUGGCGUUUUUACCCUAAUUUAUAAGUUAUUAAAGAUCUUUUUUCCAUUGCCAUUUUUUCCUCAAUAAUAUAUUAACAUUCAGAGUAACUUGGGUUGUCAACACUAAUAAUCUAAUUUAUCAAACACCUAAACAAAUUCAUAAGACUAGAUUCCAUAUCCAAGACAUGGGGGCCACUGUGACGAUUACCAUUACCAUGGUGGGACCCACAAUAGACGAGGACAAUAAUUGUAACUCAGUACCCGACAGGUGGAGGGCAAUCCGAAAAACCUUAUCUGACUCUGAUCCAUGAAUAUUUAGCAUUUGAUAUUUACUAGGCGGAUCCCACCACUAUCUUAUCAUCCUUAUCCUUUUACUCCCUCUUAGAGCAAAUUUUAGAUUAUUUUUUAGAUCGGUUUACCUUAAUUAUUUUACUUCUACUUUUAUUUUUAGCAAUGAAUGAUUUUGAUAAUCGUAGGCAGUAAUAAACUAGUAGCUUGACAAUUAUACUACUGUCCUUUCAUGACAUUUUAAAAAAUUACUGGAAAGGAAAGAGAAAAUGGCUUAGACUGUUAGGAAAAAAAAAUUAUUAAGCUGAAGACAAAAAUAAUAAAUUUAUAGAUCAAAUUAAAAGAAGAAUUCGUCAUUGCAAAAAAAAAAAGAAAACUAAAUACUCCCUCCUCAUUGUCAUCGUAAUCGAUGUAUCCUGCUUAUUGGAAAUUGUGAUCAUGGUUUGGGAAGGAUGGAAAAUAGCAACUUAUAUCCAUAAAGAAGGACCUGGCUAAAGAGUCUCCGGCUCGAGAAAGAUUAGAAAAGGUCCUCAAAAACGUAUCAAAUAAGGUUACACUUGACUAAAUUAUUACUAUAAUUUAUAAAUUUUAAUAUAAAAUAAAUUAAAAAUACUUAUGAACAAUAUAAAAAAUCAUAUAUAACUAUUAAAUGAAUAAAGGAAAUAUUUCCUUAGACUCUCCUUAAUCCUUAUCUAUAGCUAUGGGUAGCAAGUAGCAACCAAAAUAUUCUCAGUCCUUAGCUCAGGAAGUAUACCAAGGAGUGACAAUUGGCAAAUUCAGGGGGGUGGGUAAGAUUGAAAUAAGAAUAGCUUAUGCACAUGACAAGAUCACAAUUUGUCUUUAAUUGGUGGAAUUAUUUUAUUUUCAAUUUUAUAAUAUAUAGUACUCCUUUUAAUUCAACCUAUAUUUAAUUUGAAAUUAUUUUAUUUUCAAUUUUAUAAUAUAUAAUACUCCUUUUAAUUCAACCUAUAUUUAAUUUUAAUACUUCAUUUAAUAUACUAAUUUAAUUUUAGUGUAUAACUAAAAUUUGUAAAAAAUUAAUAUUUAUAAAAUUUAUAUUGAUACGAAUUAAAUAAAUUUUUACUGAUAAUCAACAUCAAAAUUAAAAACAAAAUAUAAAUAAAAAAUAAUUAAUAAAAAAUAUUAAAAAAAUCAAAUAAGAUAAUUAUUCUAAAUUAAAGAGGAUAAAACAAAAUAAUCCAAUUUCCAUAUCAUCUUUACGCUCUCCAUAAAGAUAUUUCGGCACCAACUUAUUUUGUCUAUAAAAACAAGCUUUUCUUUAUCCUCUUUUGAUCCCUACUUGUUCUACAAACAUCUAGUGAGAGAAUAUUUAUACAAAAAAAGGAAAAAUGGUGCUCCUAGAGAAACUUUGGGACGAUGUAGUUGCAGGCCCUCAGCCUGAUCGUGGUCUUGGCAAACUCAGGAAACUUCAAACACAAAACUUAUCUAACA